AUGACGCUUCCAACUAGACUGACCACUAUUGCUACUGGAAUUUUUGGAGCUACUGGACGGUUCAGCAACCGGGCUACCUUACGCCAUUCACGAAACACACCAAUAAAUAACUACUCGACACACUCUCACAAUCAUUCCCACCUUCAUUCUCACCCACAUGCACAUUCACAAUCUCAAAGUCAUGGUAGUCGAAUCCCCAAAAAAUCGCGCGGCGCUGCUGUUGCAUUGCUUGCCGUUAGUGUAGGAUCAGCAUCUUAUGUUGCAGGAUCACUUUAUCCUCCAACAACUCUCCAGCUUAUUAAUCCUCCCCCGGCACCUCCGGCACCUGCCCUUGGAUCGCAAGAGGCUGAGAUCUAUCUCACUGCGCUUGAGGAGAAACUUCAGAGCCUGCCUUUGGUCGGAGAAUUGAGGCAACGGCAAGGCUGGUAUGAGAGUCGGCCCUACCAGAACUACCCUGAGGAACGAAGGAGACAUUCUCUGACUUCAGGAACCCUUCGCGGACCAGGUAAACUGGCCAUACCUCCUUUAGUUUUCGCUAAGGAUGAUGAGAGCGAAGCUAUUGCAAUUAUUCACGUUGGACGCUCCUUGUGCGGACACGAUGGAAUAAUUCACGGGGGACUCCUGGCUACGUUACUUGAUGAAACAUUAGCACGAAAUGCCCUCUUGAACCUGCCUGCCAAAGUUGGAGUAACUGCAAAUCUUUCAGUCAACUAUCGUGCACCUGCUCGCGCCGACCAGUUCAUUGUUAUCCAUACACACUUGGAUAAAGUUAACGGACGAAAGGCGACAGUCUCGGGUACCGUGACUAGCUUGGAAACCAAAGAGGUCCUAACAGAAGCAACUGCAUUAUUUGUGCAACCAAAAUACGCUCAUUUGCUAAGCGUACAUGGCGAAGUCGAGAAGCUUCUGGGUUCACGUAACACAGCUUCCCAGGAGAUUGGACCAGAUGGCGCCAAGAAGCCUAUUAAAGUCCCGCAAGAAGCUGCUACUUUAUGGGUGACUUCUAAUCUAAUCAUUUUAUUAAUAACCCAUGGAUCUUCAGCCCUCACCACCCACAAGCCAAGCGAGAUUGUCUUGAGAGUAAAGCUCCCAUACGGAUACAUUGAAGAUAUCCUGAUAGUAAUAGCGGACCCCUCACCUAAUCCCGGUGGGCAACCUACGUACAUCAUGGACUCGUUUGAGAUUGCCGUUUACUUGGACAGCAAGUACCCUGGGCCGGACUACCCAACUGUCAUCCCUCACGGGAUGCGCAAUAUGCAGAAGCUCGCUUCAGAUUAUAUCAUGAGUGUAGGGAUAACCUUUGCUCCCGUCAUUCUACCUUUUGCGGCCAUACGACCCGGUUUCCUGGACGAAAAGGGACACGAGUACUAUACUCGUACCAGGAAGGCAAUGUUCGGCAAAGAUCUGUCAGAAGUGAUGGAAUCAUCCAAAGAGAACUGGAUGAAGGCCAAGGCCAAGUGGGAGGCCUUGGGGAACAGUCUUAAUCUCAGAGAUGAAGGUCCUUUUGUGAUGGGGGAACAGAUGACAUUUGUCGAUUUCGCCCUCGGAUGUAUGCUUCAAGCCAUAAGAGUUUACGAAGGCGGCGAGAUGACGCUUUGGAAGGACAUGUCGAGCUGGCAGGAUGGCCUAUGGGGAUCGUUUUGGGCAGAGAUAGAAAGGGUAGAAGCAAAUUCGUCUGAGAGGGCGAUCACUCGAGUUUCUGCUUCCGACACCCACUCCAACGUAAUGGCCGCUACGAAAGAGAACCCAAUCAUUUUGUACGAUAUUUAUUCGAAAGACGGACCUUGGUCCCCAAACACAUACAAGACCCGAUUGACCCUAAAUUACAAACGUUUGCCAUACAAAGUUGAAUUCGUUUCACUCGCAGAUGUCGAAUCGAAACUAAAAGAGCUCGGUGUUCCACCUACUUCAUUCAACCCCCUAUUUAAAUAUACGCUGCCAAUGAUAGCAGAUCCCUCAAGUGAUCCCAGUGGGAAACCAACCUAUGUCGUUGAAUCGUUCGAGAUUGCCCUCUAUCUCGACCAGAAGUACCCGGCACCCAAGUAUCCUAUCGCUAUUCCUCCUGGUACACGCGCACUUCAGAGGAUCGCGGUGGAGAGAGUUAUGAAUGCUGCCAUGGGCUUUGCUAUGGUUCUCCUUCCAAUCGCUGCGACACGGACUAACUUCAUGGAUGACAAAGGCUAUGAAUAUUUCAAUCGAACUAGGAAGGCAAUAUUUGGUCGAGAGCUAUCGGAGCUCCUUCCCGAAGUUGAUACACACUGGGUUAAAGCAAGGGAGGGGUGGGAGGCGCUGGGUGACCAACUCGAACUUGGAGGCAAAGAGGGUCCUUUUGUGAUGGGAAGCCAAAUCUCGUUUAUCGAUUUUGUCCUCGGUGGCCUUCUUCAUGGCAUCCAAAAAUGUGAAGGCGGCGAAAUGAAGUACUGGAAGGAUAUGUCCACUUGGCAAAACGGAAGAUGGGCGACGUUUUGGAAAGAGAUUUCAAGAUUGGAGGCUGACUCGUCGGAGGUAUCUGCAUGA